AAAUGAUGUAUAUAUAAAUUUAAAUGAUAGUGGAAAAAGAAUAAUGGAAAUGGCAUAAGAAUAAAAUGUAAAUAGAUAAAAAGAAUAAAAUGAAAGAGAAAAAUAUACAUUUGAAGAAAUUGAAUAGAUGAAAAAGAAAGUAAAAGAAUAAAUGGUAUCAAAUUAAUUAAAUGUAAACUCUCAUCAAAAUCUGGUGAUUUUGUAUCUGAAAGAUAUGCAACUGAACAUGAUUCUGUUAGUGUUUCUAGUAUUGAAGACUAAACCAUUAGGAUAAAUUUAAUAUAGAAAUAUGAAUGAGGAUGAAAUAAGAAAGUUUUUAUAUGAAAGAAUACGUAAAUCAGGAUAAAAAGGAUAUGUAUAAUUAAUUACUAAUUAUGGAAAUAUUAAUUUUGAAUUGCAUUGUGAUUUAGUACCUAUGACAUGUGAAAAUUUCUUAGAAUUAUGUGAAAAAGGUUAUUACAAUUAAACUAAAUUUCAUAAAUUAAUUGAAAAUUAAUUAUUGGAAGGUGGUGAUCCAACAGCAACAGGAUAUGGUGGUGAAUCAAUAUUUGGUAAACCUUUUAGAAUUGAAAUUAAUAAUUUAUUAUCUCAUAAUAAAGCUGGUAUGGUUUCUAUGGGUAAUCUAGGAGAAAAUCAUUAAACAUCACAUUUGUAUUUAUAUAUAUUUAAAUAGAUAGUUUUAUAGCUUUAGCUGAAUGUAAGAACUAUGAUGGUAAAUAUGCUGUAUUUGGAGAAGUUGUUGGUGGAUUUUAAACAUUAUAUUAAAUAAAUAAAUUACCUACUAAUAUGUGGUAGAGACCUGAAGUGACAAUUAAAUUAAAAGAAUUAAAUGUAAUAAAGAAUCCUUUUAGAGAUAUGAUUAAAAUAAUGUUAUAAGAAAAAGAAGUAGAAAAGGAAUAGAAAUUAUAAGAGAAAGAUAAAGAAAGAUGGUUAGAUGAUGAAGGAUUCUCUUUACCUAAAAGAAUUUCAACUACAUCUUAAAUAAAAGGUUUAGGAUUAGAUUGUAAUUUAAUUUAAUAGUUUAAUACAUAAGAAUAAUAAAAAAAUAAUUAAAAUAAUAUUGUUUUGAUAGUUGGUUAUGA